AGGUAUUUUUGAGAUGUGAUGAAUUUCUUUCAAAAGUGCAACACCGACAGCCGCCUUAAUUUUGAUUAUCCAUUUUAAAAUACUGCACGACCAUGCCAAAUACUUGUAGCGAAAUAGAAAAUAGAACAAAAAAUCUCGCAUCAUGAUCAUCAUCACUCGACCAUUUAAAUAAUGAUAAUAAUAACAAUGAUUUUAAAAAUAUAAUGUAUGUGGAAUAACACUAUAUGUUUCACUCAAGCAAACACAAAUGAUCGGCUAAUGUUGCAUGAAAUUGAUCUUCACACCUUAAAUAAAGAAAGAAAUCUUAAAACGCAACAAUGAGAACUAAAUACUCAAGCUGUGUAUGUGUUAAAGCAUUUAAUAUCAUCAUGAUCACCUCUGAUAUAAUAGCUGAUGAACGGGGUAUCACAUGAAGAUCAUAACAGAUGAUCAUGUCUAAGAUGAUGAUGAGCCACUAUUUUAUUUGAAGAAAUUUAAACAAAAACCAUCAAAGCUAAAGAUGAUUAACUCUCAUAAAAAGCUAAAGGAACAACAAAACGCCAGCAUGAGCUUUUAUAAAAAUAAAAAUACACAAAAAAACUCUAGUGAUCAUGGCCCCCAAAAUAAGAUCAUCACAUGUUGCUGUUGUUGUAUGUGCACCCACUAAUCACGCGUGUAACAAGCUGCAACAAAGACAAAAUUCACUAGAGAUGUUUGAUCUUGAUAGUAGAAAUGUUGCUCAAACGUUUUUUUUUUUUUGUCUAGUCAUGUUUGUGUUUUGUUCGGUAUUGUGUUUAUGUUGUAUUGUUGCUCUUGUCCAUACACUAUGAUCAUCACAUCAUCUAUGGUUAUUUUAUGGUAUAAUCAAAACCAUCUUUUAUUCGAGAUGGAAAACAAAGUCAGCUAAGCAGCAAUGUACAUCACUCAGCUCCACCAAACAACAACAGCCAAAAGACAUUAAUAACAAUUCUAAAGGACUUUAAACCUUAAGAAAGAAAAAAAUUUUAACGUGGUAAAUAUAGAAGAAAGAAAUACCACAAACACCAAGAAAAAAGAAAACACGACGUCACAGAGGAUGUAAGAAGACAAACAGACAAAACAAAAUAAGUAAAGAAAAUAUAAGCAAGUAAAUCUUAACUUACCUUCUUAUUAAAAACAAAAUUUUUCUUUAAACCAACAACACGUGAUUCGGUGUUUUGUUUUGACAACAACAAGAGAGAAAAGAAGCAAAAAAAAGUAAAAAUCUUUACAAAACAUUAAAAUAACCUUCAAAAUUUUCAAAUAAAAGUAGACAUUCUCGUGAUAACACACUGUCUAGCUAAAGAUUUUCCAAAAAGAAAAAAAAACGCAAGGAAAAUAAAAGAAAAAUAUUUUUGAAAAAUUUAACUGAAUGUUAAAGGAAUCAGAGGAAAUCAUUAAAAGGCGCAAACUGUCGUUAACGACAGAUACUGCUGCUGCAUAUUUGGAAAUAAAUCAUAACUCAAACACUAUCAACAACACCACCACCACCAUUAUACCACCUGGUACACCACCAACACCUUUAGCUAACAGCAUCAUGGCUUUGGAAACAGAAUCGGCAGAAGCUUUAGCUUUAACCACCACCACCUCGGCCACAGCACCCAUUUCUCUUAGCACACCAAAUAUGAUCAAUAAUAGCAAUUCGAUGACUACAACUACAGCUUUUAAUUCGCUCACCGCUGCCGCCGCCAACAGUAUGGUCAAUACAUUAUUGGCCAAUAAUGUUACUACUAGACCAGCUGCCUCUAUACCUGAUCACUAUAGCCUAAGAUGGAAUAAUCAUCAGAAUCAUUUAAUGCGUGCUUUUGAUGCUUUACUGCAGAGCAAAACUUUAGUGGAUGUUACGCUCGUUUGUGCUGAGACCAGCAUAAGGGCCCAUAAAAUGGUUUUAUCAGCCUGUUCACCAUUUUUUCAGCGUGUUUUUGCCGAUACUCCCUGCAAACAUCCUGUAAUAGUGCUCAAAGAUUUUCGUGGCUGGGUAGUGCAAGCCAUCAUCGAUUUUAUGUAUCGUGGUGAGAUAAGUGUGCCUCAGGAGAAGCUUCAUACCUUAAUAGAUGCUGGAGAGUCUUUGCAAGUUCGUGGUUUGGUAGAAAGUUCAAUACCCGAACAUACUCCUACACCAGCUGCCUCACCAGAUGAUUUUGGCAUGCUAGAAACCUCUUUAUUAUCUUCAGAAUUAGAAAGAUGUUCUAGUUUUGAUGAAGAGUCCCCGUCGAUGGUGACUUCAGGUUCCAAAAUCAUAUUACCCUCACGUUUAUUUGGUUCCUCAUACAGACGUGAGAAGGAGCAACGCAAACGUGAAAGAGAACGUGAUUUGGAUCAUGAAUUGGAAAGUGAUCAAGAAAUGUUAAAUGAUUCUUUAAGUCACAACGAUUUAUGUACUUCCCCCAUGCCACGGCGUAAACAGGCCAGACCCAGAAGAAGAUCAGGAGAAUUGACCCAUGAUAUGAUUAGCAAACCCACAACACCCACACCACAAGAUCAUAACAACGAACAACCACAAGAUUUAUGCAACAAAGAUUCUAGUAUUUCAGAAAAUAAAUCAUCGACACCACAACCACCCACAGAGGCGCUCAGUGAAGAUCCCUUAAAAACUGUGAUUAAAUCCGAAUUAGCUGAACCGUUGGAAGAUGAUGAAGAUCAAGUGGGUGGUCGUGACAGUGGCAAUGAUAGUCAUGAACAACCUGAGGAUCUAAUUGUCAAUGAUAAGUCUUUGGAUAAUAAUUCCAAUUUUGAUAAUAACAAUUCUCUGCCAGAGGUUUUAAACUCCACCGAAGAAAUGGAGGAGGAAGAUAGAGUAAACGAGGUUGAGCCUGAAGUAGAGGAGGAUGAGGAGGAGGAAGAAGAGGAUAUUGAACAGUUAAUACAUCACACGAAUGAGCUAAAUAGAAGACGCAAAUCUGCCUUGUCCAUGAACUCUGAUGGCCCAGAGGAUUUGUGCACCACCAAAAAAGACAACGAUACCAGUGGUCAUCAUUCGGCCUCCGAUUAUGAAGCAGAUUGCAGCAAUAACAACAAUAGCACAAAAUUAAAUAAUAAUAACAAUCGUAUAGUUUUAUCCUUAAAGGAUAUAAGACAAUUGAAUAAACCCUCAUCCUCUUCGACACCCAACUCCUCCCAAAAUAGCAUGAAUCCUUUUUCUUCGGCCAGCCUUAGAGAUUUAAGAUUAGAUCGCGAACGUUCUAUGGAAACACAAUGUAAAAUGGAAGUUUUAGAGGCUCAAAUGCAGGCCGCCGCAGAAGCUGCUGCCGCUGCGGCUGCCAGAGGAGAGAAUCCCUUCCAGCACAUGGAACAUCAAAUGGAUUUGUCUUUAGCCGCUGCUGCUGCAGCAGCCGCUGUCUCACAACAACACUCGAGAGAAAGAGAUCAGGCUUUGCAACGUGAACAUCGAGAAAUGCAGCAACAUAAUGCUUAUGCCAAUAGUAUACUAGGACAAAUGGGUAUGCCAGGCAUGCCUCCUUUUGGACCCAAUCCAGGAGCUCCCUCUGGCCCGGGAGGACCUUCGGCCCAUGAACGUUUAGAAGAAUCUAUGAAUCGUUUAAGCAAAGAAUUUACACCUACUUCACCCAUGAGCCUACCACCACACUACAAUCCUCAAGAUGGGCCACCACAUCCACCCUCACCUUUGCCCUUUCCCGGUAUGUCUUCAUUGGCGCUAACUCCGCCGCACAGUGAGUACUUAAUGUUUGGGUUGGACUCACCCUUGGGCUUAUUUCCACCUGGCAUAGAUCCCGGUAAACUUUAUAAUCCCUUAAUGGAAAUGUCUGAUCCACGAGGUAUGCCAGGUGAUGCGCCGCCCUUUCUCAAAAAGAAAAGUAAGUACUUGCCUAGACCCAAAGGUCAACAUUCUGCACCACGAGGCGGUCCUCCACGUUCUUGGACAAAUGCCGAAUUAACCGAGGCCUUACAACAUGUUUGGAAUAAGAAAAUGACCACUUCUCAGGCUUCACGCAUCUUUGGUAUACCCUACAACUCUUUGCUUAUGUAUGUGCGUGGCAAGUAUGGCAAAUCUUUGAAAUUGGAACAAUUACGCAAAGAUUGCAUAAGUGGUCCACCUUUGGAAAUGCUACAAAUGGGCAUAAGCUCUGGUUCGGGCAAAAACUCGGGGGAGACUAAGGAGCAGAGAGAAGCCCGCAAAGAGGCUCAACGUAAUGCUGCACAACAUCCACCCGGUGAUAUGGAAAUGGGAGGUCCUUUAACAGGUCCUGGACCACGACCCUCUAGCUCAGAACCAGAUUUAUUGGGUGGACCCAAUGCCCUCUUUAAUCCCUUUAAUCCUCAAGGAUUUUAUCCCGAUUUUCCGGGUGGUUUUCCCGGUUUACCCUUAAGCAUGCUAAACUUAUUGCCUCCCUCUGAAAGACAACAUGCUGCUGCUGCAGCAGCCGCCAUGCAUCAUUCCAUGGGUUUGGAUGAGGACUGUAAAUCUGACCGCUCGAAACAAUCCUCCAAUAUGGAUGAUGAAUACUCACUGAGUCGUGAAGAACGUCGUCAUUCGGAUUUAAUGAAUAACUCCUCAUCUACACCUUCCUCUGCCUCGCAACAAAAUGGCUCGGUACAAGAUUGAAAUUUAU